UACAGUGUUUUCAGUGGACCACAGAGGCUGCACAUUCCUCUGUAGGCGCGGUGGACUCUCCCGAGCUACUGGUUGUGUCGUUGUAAGCUGAAAAAAACAUUUAUAUAUAUACGUGUUUGAACUCCGUCUGAGUGUGGACUAUUGACGCUGUCCCAGCGCUUCAGCCACAGUUGCUGUGGACAGGGGGCACGGUGGGAAAUGGACUGCGAGAGGCAAUCAGAGUCUGUACCUGCUCAUUUUCAGGGAGUGUGACAGACUGACUGGAGUAUCAUUUCAGUGGUUUUGGCCAUGGCCGGCUGCUGGCAGUGGUGCCACCGCACCUGCAUGUGCUGUCUGUCUGAGGAGGAGAAGAGGACCAUCGCUGUGGACAAAGAGAUCAAGAGGAUCCUCAAGCAGCAGAAGAAGAAAGAGAGAAGGGAAAUUAAAAUCCUCCUGCUGGGAACCGGGGAGAGUGGAAAAACCACCUUCAUCCGACAGAUGAGGAUCAUCCACGGACGAGGCUUCUCAGAAGAGGAGAGGAAAACCUUUGCCAAAUGUAUCUUCCAGAACAUCUUAACAGCCAUCAAGGCUAUGACGGGCGCUAUGACCAUGCUCAAAAUCCCCUACUCCAACCCGGAGAACGAGAUUUUUGCUAAAUGGCUGCAGGACAUAAACACAGUGCAAAUCACCCAGCUGGAACGGGGCUACGUUGACGCAAUUCGCCGGCUCUGGGCAGACCCAGGCAUCCGGGUCUGUUACAGCCGCCGCUGCGAGUACCAGCUCCUGGAUUCCACAGAAUACUACAUGAGUAAUCUGGAUCGCAUCUCUGGCCAAGACUACAUCCCCACAGAACAGGACGUGCUGCGAGUUCGAUUCCCCACCACGGGCAUUCACGACUACUCCUUCACCAUCAGGACCAUCACACUAAGGAUCGUGGACGUGGGCGGUCAGAAGUCAGAGCGUCGGAAGUGGAUUCACUGCUUUGAAAACGUCACCUCCCUCAUCUUCCUGGCCUCCCUCAGCGAGUACGACCAGGUCCUGGAGGAAAGAGAGACCAUAAACCGAAUGCAUGAGAGUCUGGCUCUGUUCUAUACCACCAUCCAUUCCCCUUGGUUCCUCAACACCUCCAUCAUCCUCUUCCUCAACAAGACUGACAUCCUGGCGGACAAAAUCCAAACUUCUGACCUGCAGAAAUACUUCCCCAGCUUCACAGGCAAGAGGCAAGACCCAGAGGACGCCAAGAACUACAUCCGCAAGUUGUACGAGCAGCAGGCCAUCAACCGCGACAAGAGGGACGAGUGGAAGACUCUUUACCCACACUUCACCUGCGCCACCGACACCAGCAACAUCCGCAGGGUCUUCAGCGACGUCAAGGACACGGUGUUGCUCAAGUCCCUCAGGGACUACGGAGUCAUCUGAACUUUUACUCCGUGUUCUCAUCUCUGUCUGCACUAUUCACUUGUCUGAGUGAAGGCUAUGAUGAAGGCCAGAAUGUCACUUCUUUGGAUUUUUUCUAAAGCCUGGACAAUCAUAGCCACAUCCUCCUCCUCCUCCUCUCCUUCAUCAGGUCUUACUGAAGAAGCAGGUGGAGAAAGAAGGGAGAAAGUUGUAAUCUUCUCUCACCUAUCACCAUCAAUACCACACUGUCUCUCGUCUUCCUCUCGAGUAGAUAACAUCAAAGUGUUAAGAGGGGACUCUACAGGGAGACUGCGUGACUUUUGAUCAGAGACCGAGAAAGCAGUAAUCACCCUCAUUCCUCUCAGCCAGCAGCUUUUUCCCCCCAUUUUGAUCUUUGUUUUGUUUUGGGGUUUUUUCAGACGAAGAAGUGUUUGGGUCAUCCAGUGACUGAACUGAUCCAUAAUUGAAGCAGGAGCAGGGAUGUUACGAAGUGUUGUGCUGCAAUUAACAGAGUAAUGACUUUUAUAAGUGGAGAUGUGGCCACGCAUGAACAAGCCACCUAUGUCACACACAUUUUAAGUGCUUUAUUUGAGUCUACCAGUUAUAUACAGGUGUAGUACAUGCUUACACACACAAGUUGUAAGAAAACAAAAUGUUUCCAUUAUGUCCUGUAAAAGGCAAAACAUGAGUUUCAAACUACUGCGAUCUUUAUAAUUAGACCUCCUGAACCCGAGGGAUUGUGUUUGAUUUUCUCUGUGAUUAAUGUCACCAGAGUCUUCGCCUGUUUCACAAACACUGUGCUCCUGUCAGCGUAGGAAAAUCCUUAUUGAUUACAGUUAUCUCACACUGGCAAUAUUUCUUUCUACAUUAUCGGUGUUCAACACAUCUGCUCUGCACCGUCUCUAUCAAUUAUCAUAUAGACGGACUGUGCAGCUACCACCUGUUGAGUUCACAUUCACCAUCCUUACAUUCACCUCCAGUCUUUGUUUUCCACCAUGACUGUAAAAAGUUCACACACACUCAGACACUCGCUCUUUCCCUGUUAAAUGGUUUAUUAUGCAACUCUCUGUGUUACAUGUGGCCAGACGACAGGCUUUGUGUUCAAAAAGAGAAGAACGUGACAGGAGAGUGGGUAGCCAGUACAAGCAGUGAGUCCCAAGAAACAAGGACAGAAUCACAGCGGAUGUGAUGUGGAUUGUGAAGUUGAUAUAGUUGUAGAGACCAAGUGCUUCAAAAAAAUUAUAUUUUCAGUUUAUUUUCAAGAGUUUUGCAUGGCAUAGUUUCCAUUUUUUAAAUGAAUCCCCCCCUCGACUAAUGAAUUGGCAUUUUCAUAGCCAAAAACCAAUUAAACUUUACAGUGAAGCAGCUGAGAACCGAGGAGGCAGAUAUGUUUUUGGUAGGUUGGUGAUUUGGGGAUCCAUCUGUUGUUGGCAUGCAUCUGUUUUGCAUUCGCAACCUGCUGCACUGGUACUUUCCUGUUUCUCCACAAACUUUAAUGGAUGCACAGUAAAAGGGCAAAGGCCUGACCAACAGAUCUGUUAACAGUCCCUGAGCUGUUGAUCAUUGUUGUCUUACUGUUAGGAGGGGAAAGAUAAGAACAUGAAAAAGGUCUAAAACACUAGGGAAAGAAACGUUUACAUCGUUACUUGCAUGCGGAGGGGGUCGCUCAUACUGUCAAAGCCAUAGAAAAUAAUCACCCAAUUCUGCAGUUCCUCUCAGUUCAUUGUUUUGGUUUUCUGGCCAGCAACUUUAAGGUUCACUCCCACCACUUUGUUUCCACACGUUACAAGCAGCUGUUUUGGGCGAAAAAGUUUUUUAAACCCAACAUACACUACCUAUCCAGCACUAGUGUUCAUUUCAUUAACGAAAACUAUGACUACAUAUGUUCGUCAAUGACCUUUUUUCCCAUGACUAAUACAAGACGGAACAAAUGUCAUUUAAACACCAACUGUGACUGUACCAACAUGAAAUAUCGCUGACAAAAAAAGACAAGACUAAAAUGUAGUUUAAAAAAUAAGAAUGUUAAAAUCUCUCUUUAUUUUCGUAGUGCAGCAGUUCCAUUUCCUGUGCUGUACAUGCCUCCACUGCCGGCAGCACACAAUGAGCACAUUGGAUUUAGGAAAGAAACAAGGUGAUAUUUUUUCUGAUGACUAUUAGACUAAGAUUAAAGAGAAUAAAGAAGAUUAAAUGUCAACAGUUUUCAUUGACUCAAACUAGGCUAAAAUAGUUAUGUUUUCUUUGACUAAGACAAGACUUAAACGCCCAGACCUUUAGUCAACUAAAACAACGGAGAAAAAAAAAAAGAUAAACACUAACAAGGACAUUUGACACAUGGCUAAGACUAAGACUAAAUGAAAAAAUAGCCGACAAAAUCAACACUAUUCAGCACCAAACAGGAGACGGACACAGUUAGAGACUAACUGGUGAGCGUAGUGGAGCAUUUAGUGGUUAGAGAACCAGACAUUUCCCUCACAAGUUGGUAGAGACCAAAAAUAGAGCUAAACAGAGAGUAAAUAUUAGACACAUUACAUUCAUCAGGUGGCCAAAAACAGGACUACAAAUGAAUGAUAAUGUUGCUCCGCAUCUAUUGGAUGUGUAUACAUAUCGACUUAAUAGGUGAAGGUAUGUCGACGCUGUGUCGAGAACUUGUUUCUGCUGCCUCCAAAUGCUCCAGCAAUAAAGCCAACAGCAUCUUCUAACAAUUGCCAGCUCAAUAGGCGAAUUAAUACAAUUCAUUAAAAUGAAUACCGUGAAUUCAGGCACAAAUCACCCUCGGUGGCUGACAAGUUUUAAAAGGUCAUGGAUAAAGACACAGAGACUACGAGAAAACAGAUUGAUUCACACUGCGACUUUAAUCAACAAUGGUGGAAAAAAUACAUAAAAAUCCAACAGGCGACCUGUUCUGCUGAGUAAAGGGUAAAGACUAUUAAUAUGAGGUGGCAGUGUGAUGUUCUUGUGUGUCCUAUUUAUAUCAGUGUGUGGAGAGGGGAAUUUUAUAAUAUUGAUCAGAAGCGUGAGUUCCACCCUUGUGUGUGUCAUUGAGAGUUGAGUGCGUGUUGGGUGGAAAAUGACAAUGAAAUUCAGUAAAUGAACUGACCUUGAUGGGAAGCUAACAUUAGCUGAGAAUGUGUCCAUUGUGUGGUUUUGGCUGCUGUGUUGUUAAAUGUAUAUAAUGUGUUUUGAUCCCUACACUGCUAUUUUAUGUCUUCAGAUGUGGUAGCUACGUCUUUAUGAUGCCUUCAAACACAAAUGUAUAAUGUUACUCUACGUUUACUGAUGACUACUACACUUUUGAUUGAUUUUUAACAGCUGCAUUUUUUUAAUAUUGUUUACCAACAGCACAUACUGUGACUAGAGAGCGUGUUUGCUAGUGAGUUACUUUUCUGCAUUGGGAGACCUCCUCUCAUUCGGUGAGGGUGAAUUAUUUUUGUGUAGAAUUGGGUGAAGGAAGCGGGCAAAUAUGUUGGUUUUUUUUCUAGUUAAUAUUAAAAAACAAACUUGAACACA